AUGGUGGAAGCUACGUCGAAUUUGACGCCGUCGCAGAGAUAUGCGACAACGGCAUUGUUUGCGAUCGCUCUCAACCAAGCGCAGAUCAGUCAGACUAAGCCACUCGGAAUUCCGGCCACCGAUCAAGGCGGAGACAAUGGAGAAUCUGAGAAUUGCCGGACCGGAGAGACAAUUAGCAGCGGCGGUGAUCAUAUCUCCGACGACGCGGAUCUCUGGGUCCAAGAGGAUUCUGGCCUGCUCCGACCCGUUCUCAGAUGUCUUCAGAUUGAUUCCUCAACUUGGCAUGACCUCGAGGAAAUAGCUUCUUCUUCUUCGGCUAAACACCACAUCGGUGCGUUCAUCAAGUUACUCUCAGAAGAUGCUGCUAGUGAUGAUGACGGUUCUAGUGAUAUGGUGGAGAAAGAGUCAGCCUUAGCUAAAGCUGCUGAAGCUAUGGUACAAAGCAUUAAACAAGGCUCUAUAUCUGUGGAAGCUAAGAUGGAGAAACAUGUGGAAUACGAAAACGAAUGCCGUGAGAAGUAUUCAGUUCCCGAGGCACAGUCUUGUGAGGGUCAAGGGGUGGAUGAAGUUAAAAAUGGAGGUCACAAGGCUGAGAGUGUUGAAGAUGAGAAACCUGUUGAGGAAGCAGCAUUGCUUAGCCAUGAGAGAAAGAUAAGUGUGCUUUACGAGCUACUAUCUGCUUGCUUGGCAGAUAAACAUGAGGAGAACGAGAAAUGUACGCGGACUAGGAAAGGCUAUGAUGCGCGUCACCAUGUUGCUCUGAGGUUACUUGCGACUUGGUUUGACAUUCAGUGGAUUAAAAUGGAAGGAGUUGAGAAAAUGGUUGCAUGCUCUGCCAUGGCAUUGCAGAAGUCGAGUGAAAAUAAGGAAGAGGAGACUCUGUCACCAAAUAGUGAAUGGGAUAAAUGGAAGCGAGGAGGCAUCGUUGGAGCGGCUGCUUUAACAGGGGGUACUUUGAUGGCCAUCACUGGUGGAUUGGCUGCUCCAGCGAUCGCUGCAGGGUUCAGUGCAUUGGCACCAACACUAGGCACGCUAGUUCCGGUAAUUGGAGCCAGUGGGUUUGCUGCAGCUGCUAGUGCUGCCGGAAGUGUUACUGCUGCUGGAGCUGGCCUCACUGGGACUAAGAUGGCGAAGAGAACUGGGGACAUUGAAGAGUUUGAGUUUAAAGCUAUUGGAGAAAAUCAUAAUCAAGGACGAUUAGCAGUGGAGAUCUUAGUUGCUGGCUUUGUGUUAAAGGAAGAAGACUAUGUAAAGCCCUGGGAAGGCUUGACUAGCAACUUGGAAAGGUACGCAGUGCAAUGGGAAUCCACGAAUAUUAUUGCAGUGAGCACUGCAAUUCAGGAUUGGCUUACUUCAAGAGUUGCAAUGGAGUUGAUGAGACAAGGUGCAAUGUACACUGUACUAAAGUCGCUUUUAGCAGCAAUGGCGUGGCCAGCAACGAUCUUAGUAGCUGCUGAUUUCAUAGAUAACAAAGCAGGAAGACUUCUUGCUGAAGCGCUUCGAAAAGGGUUACAAGGAAAUAGACCUGUGACUCUCGUGGGUUUUUCGCUUGGUGCGCGUGUCGUCUUCAAGUGCCUCCAGGCUCUGGCUGAGACAGAGAAAAACGCUGAAAUUGUGGAAAGAGUUGUUCUUCUUGGAGCACCAAUUUCAAUCAACAACGAGAAUUGGCGAGACUUAAGAAAGAUUGUGGCUGGAAGAUUCAUUAACGUUUACGCAACAAAUGAUUGGACCCUCGGAGUUGCUUUCCGUGCAAGUCUGUUGUCUCAAGGAUUAGCUGGAAUCCAACCGGUUUGUAUCCCUGGGAUCCAGGAUGUGGAUGUAACCGAUAUGGUGGAAGGUCACUCAUCUUAUCUAUGGAAAACUCAGCAAAUCCUUGAAAGACUCGAACUCGACAACUCUUACCCAGUCUUUCGAAACACUCUCUAA